UGCGCAGGAGGGCGGGAGCCUCGAGAGAGAAUGAAGGAACAGAAAACUAGCAUCCUCAGCUAAAAACACCGACUGAAAUCAACAUCCUGGCUCAUAAUUAAAAUCAUUCGCUUGUGAAGGAGUGAAUGACAUUGGCACAUCAGUCAUGUAUUCUGAGGAGUGGAGCAGGAAUCGUCAGGGUAGAGAGAAGACUGUGAUCACGAAUUUCAGCUUUAGUCAGCUGCCAGAGGAGAAGACUGGAAGGAUAAAACCUCACAGUGCUCAUGACUCUGACGAAUCCAUUCCAGAUGAUCGAUACCAUGGCAUCUACUUUGCCAUGCUGCUGGCUGGUGUGGGCUUUCUACUGCCAUACAACAGCUUCAUCACUGAUGUGGAUUAUCUUCAUCGUAAAUUCAAAGGCACGUCUAUUGUGUUCGACAUGAGUUUGACGUACAUACUGGUGGCUCUCAGUGCUGUCAUUGUGAACAACGCGCUGGUGGAGAGACUGAGUUUACAUACUCGCAUCUGUGUGGGAUACCUGUUUGCAUUGGGACCUUUGGUGUUUGUGAGUGUAUUUGACGUCUGGUUGGAGCUGUUCAACACUCAGCAAUCCUAUGCUGUUACUCUGGCUGCAGUUGCCAUUGUUGCAUUUGGAUGCACAGUGCAGCAGUCCAGUUUCUAUGGUUACACAGGGAUGCUGCCCAAGAGAUACACGCAGGGUGUGAUGACUGGAGAGAGCACUGCAGGAGUUAUUGUCUCUCUGAGCCGGAUUUUUACAAAGCUGCUGGUGGAGGAUGAGAAGAACAACACUAUUAUCUUCUUCCUGUUCUCCGUCUCAAUGGAGACGCUCUGUUUUCUGCUUCAUGUGGUGGUUCGGCGAACACACUUCGUCCGUUAUCACACCAGCAGAGCUCGCCAGAGCCACAGCUGGCUCAAAGGACAGAUUAAUAACGCUACAACGCAAAAGCACAGCGGCUAUCAGAUACAUUACGACAGCAGUGCAGAGGAAGAGGAAGGAAUGGCGUCAAGCAUGGUUGACGAUGCUGAUGCGGUUAAUCUGGGUAACGGUUCCCAUGGAGAUGGCAUAUACGUCAGAUUUGAUGUGCCCAAACCAGAAUCCAAGAGGAGCUGGAUCAGUGUGAAGGAGUUGCUGGGUCGGAGGUGUGCUGUAGCCCGGGUGAUCUGGCCAUAUAUGCUUUCAAUCUUGGUGACAUAUUUCAUCACUCUGUGUCUGUUCCCUGGACUGGAGUCAGAGUUGCACAAUGAUACACUGGGAGAAUGGCUGCCUAUCCUCACCAUGGCUCUGUUCAACAUGGCUGACUUUGUGGGCAAGAUCUUGGCGGCGUGCCCAUACGAGUGGGGCGGUGUGCAGCUGCUGGUGUGUUCAUGUUUGCGCGUUCUCUUCUUGCCCCUUUUUGUGAUGUGUGUGUCGCCUGUGCAGCGCCCCCUGCUGGCACACCCUGCCUGGCCCUGCGGCCUGUCUGUGAUGCUAGGUAUAAGUAACGGAUAUCUUGGCUCUGUACCAAUGAUACAGGCAGCUGGCAAAGUACCACUUCAGCAGCGAGAGGUGGCAGGAAACACCAUGACUGUGUCGUACAUGGCUGGACUGAUGCUGGGCUCUGCAGUUUCUUACUCAACAUACAGUCUGACCUCGCAGGCACACUCCACUCACACCACGCUGAAACUCAACAGCACGCUCACGUUGCACAGCUAUAUGCCUGGCCACUGAGAAGAAUCCAGCACACAUGAACAUUGGUUUGUAUAGGUGAUAAUUAUGUAGGAAUUAAAAAACAUUUCUGAAGGCUAUCCCUGCUGGUAACACUAGAGGAACAUACAAGGAAGGUCUGAUGGUUAAGCAUAUUGAAAUUCUUGGGAUUAACCAUUAUAUUGAUCGAUAAUCUGAUGUAUUAUUGUUCAAGACAUCUUAAAUGUUCAGCCACCUUGUGUUAUUUACAGUAAGAUGGUGUAAAGCUGUACUUUCUGAAUGGUUGAUAUAAUGAUGUUGGUGUAUAUGACUUCAUUUAAUGAUGCCCUGUUGCACUGAUUAAUAAAUAGUUUCAUUAUUGGCUAAAAAGGUGGCCAUUUUUGUCCACCUAGACAGGGCACACUGCUAAUCCGACUGACAUAUAAAAUUGGCUAUUCACAGAGACAUUUUCAAGAUGG